AUGUUGGAGGCCAAACUUGAGACGAAGGCACUGAAGGCCAAGAGACCAGGCUUCUCAGAGGAGCGAUACAACGAAACUUCAUACUACAUAGAAAAUGGUCUGAGGAAGGUCUACCCGUACUACUUCACCUUCACCACCUUCACCAAGGGCCGCUGGGUCGGGGAGAAGAUCCUCGACGUCUUCGCCAAGGAGUUCCGCGCCCAUCCCGCCGAGGAAUACGAGCGAUGUAUUAAGAGUGGCACGCUGACCGUCAACUAUGAGAAGGUGGACACAGACUACAGGCUCAAACACAACGACCUCCUGGCCAACAUCGUCCACAGACAUGAGACGCCGGUGUUAGCGCGAAACAUUGCAAUAUUACAUUUAGAUGAGGAUUUGGUCGUUCUCGACAAGCCAUGUUCCCUGCCGGUGCACCCGUGCGGCCGCUACCGACACAACACGGUUGUCUUCAUCCUGGCCAAGGAGUACAAUCUCAAGAACCUCAGAACCAUCCACCGCCUUGAUAGACUCACGAGCGGCCUCUUGCUGUUCGGACGGACACCUAAAAAGGCCCGUGAGAUGGAACAACAGAUCCGGACACGCCAGGUGACAAAAGAAUAUGUCUGCCGUGUAGAAGGAGAAUUCCCAAGGGAACAUGUUGAAUGCAACGAACCCAUAGAGGUGGUGAGCUACAAGAUUGGUGUGUGCAAAGUCUCACCCACUGGAAAGGAUUGUCGUACAGAGUUCCAACGGCUUUCCUACAAUGGUAAAACGUCAGUAGUGCUGUGUCGCCCCCACACAGGCCGUAUGCACCAGAUUCGUGUCCAUCUUCAGUACCUGGGCUAUCCAAUUGUCAAUGACCCUCUAUACAAUCAUACGGUAUUUGGGCCCAACAAAGCAAAGGGUGGCAUCAUUGGUAAGACAGAUGAACAGCUUAUUCAAGACCUGAUCAAGAUUCACAAUGCUGAAAAUUGGCUUGGAAUGGAUGGUGAUGCAGAGUACUCCAUGUUUAAGGGCCGUGACAAGGCAGACACUGAAGAGGAAGGAGGAUCACAGCGCAACACUCCAAGUCCUAAAGAGAAGUCUCCAACCGCCAACAACUCCCCCCGGGUGACCUCCCCACCAGCACUUAUCGCUCCUACCGGCUACCAAUCACCAAAGGCCAUAGGGCCCUCGGUAGUGGAAAUACAGUCAUCGAUGGUUGGGACUGAAGCUGCUUCUCCAAAGACAUUAAAUGGAUGCAACAGUGGACUGGUAGGGGGUGAAGCCGGGGUAGUUGUGUCUUCAGGGACCCAGACAAGUGAAGGCACUAAGGAGUAUGGCUACCAGGCAUGCCUAAUGACAAUUGAUGAGCAUUGUUAUGAGUGUAAAGUGAGAUACCGCGACCCUAAGCCACGAGAUCUGGUGAUGUACCUCCAUGCUCUUAAAUAUGCUGGUCCUGGAUGGCAGUUUGAGACCAAGUUACCUGACUGGGCUCAUGAAGAAUGGGGAAACCCAGAAGAGGAACAAUGAAUAGUCAAGAAUGGAGGCAUGUAAGAAUGCAGGCAAAGAUAAAAAUCAGGGGAUUAAGGAAACAUUGAUAAUGCUGCUAGAAAAUAUUUGAAUGAAUGUUAUGCAGAGGACCAUUUUCACAAGAAUUAUCUGUGGAGACUAACUUUCAAGAAGGUGCUACUAUGACACAAUCAUAAGUGAACACAAGCAUUUGACUUGAAACUGUCAACUUUUAUGUUAUUUAGUUUUUUAAUCAAUAAUUCAUUGCACAAGUAGGAUAUAUUAUUGAUGACAGUUAUCUCGGUCAUGGUGUUCUGUAAGUGUUCAUAUACUUUUGACAGUGAUGGAUGAAGGUAAGUUAGCAGACAAGUUUCACAAUGAUAAGAAAUGAUUACUGUAGUUGCAUUUUAAGAUGAGAACUAUACCAUAUGUGGAAGGAUUUUGUGUUUGUCAACUGCUGAUUAUAAAGACAGAAACAACAUUGGAUUGUCACUUUCAUAUAAGAGGUAAUACAGUGAAAAAAGUUUUUGAUGGCAAAUCUGCUACCUAGUAUAUAUUAAGUUUAAGCACUGUAAUUUCCUGUAUUGAAUGGAAUUAGUUAUAGAUUAAUUUAUUGACAAUUCUUUCAAGACAUAAUAUAUUAUAGUUGAAUUUGGAAAAGCCAUGCAAAGAUACGGAGAAAUAAUUUGCUUGCAGUUUUUAAAGUUAGGUAUCGUAUCUUGAUGGCUUGCUCCAAGGUUGUCCUCACCCCUCAGUGUUAUAAUGUCACCCCCAUAUUUCAUGCAGUGAAUCAUGUAGCAGCUGACAUACAAACUAUUAUGGUGCAUUGAAAUGAACUCUUUAUGCUGUUGUGUAAAAUUAAUAUUAAUAGAGGCUGAGAAGCAAGGGAAUAAUACAUACUGUUUAGUUAUAAGGACAUUUUCAUUAGAAAGUACUAAAUAUUUUAUACUGUCAAUUAGUUGUAUUAAAUUCAAGGAAUGCAGUCAGUGUGCCACUAGAUGCUAAGUUUUAAGUAUGUCAGCUAAUGUCAGGUGGUGCUCUGUGUUGCGUUGUAGUUGCGAGGACUCUUGCAUGAGAGUGCUGGCCAUACGUCCCUCAGGUCCUUGUUGCCAUAGAGCAGGUUCUAUGAGCUCUCAACACACCACUUAGCAACACCACAUCUGCUGCUUGUGCUUGGCAUCUACAACUGCGGAGCUAGACUUCGCCUUCAUAUACUGACUGCUGGUGAUUGUCAUGUGCCGUCUGAGACCCUGCAAGCAGGGUCAUAGUGAAGUAGUGGAAUUUCCAUGCUUGGCACUUUGUUAAGAGCACGUGUUAUGACAAAAACAUUGCAUUGCAUAUGUAUCACAUUUUUUAUGAAUCUGAUCUGUUUUUAAACCUUAGCAGUCUUGAGGAUGUAAUUUAUCAUGUAGGGAAUGAUGAAAUUAACAACGGGAAAAUGAAAGUUAACUUUUAAUAAUUAGCAAUUCAUGCACAGGUUCUUAUGCCUCCUAUUCUUAGUCGAGUCAUAAAGUCUGUUGUACAAAUUGUUUUACCUUAGGUUAAGGUGAUAUGGAAUGUAUAAUGCAUCUUUAAUGUAAAUACAAGUGAUCUUGUAUAUUCGCCAUAAACCUGUAGAUAUUUGUUGAGCGGGUAGAUGACCGUUUCUUCUAUGAUAUUCAGUUUUCCGUUAGAGCUAUAGCAGAGUCUUUAAAUCUGCAUUUUAGAGGACAUUUCUGCUUUUAAAGUACUGCAGAUCUCUUAGGUAUUGAUAGUUGUGUGUAUUGAUUUAGGUAUAGUUCUCUUUUUAAUUUUAUUUUAUUGUUUUUUACUUGCACAACAUUGUAUCAUUCAGCAGAUAUUGCUGCCUGACUAGUCAUGACCAAUGAUUCAUGACAAAAAUCAGCCACAAAAGUAUUGCAAUGUGACGCAGAAUCCCCUGUCACAACACAAAUGGUUCAUUCCCAUUUCAUGUGACCUCCAUAUGCUAAGAAGAUAGUUGGAGGAUGUGCAUUAUUUAUGCAUCUCGGCGCAAUUUAUGCGAUGACAGAUACAUGCUGGGGCAAAUUCAAGGGCUCCAAAGACAGGAAAGAAUUUCCACUCACUGUGAUGCUCAGAGUCAGUUCAGUACAACAAUUUUUAUUUUAAACUUUGACAAUGUACAGGUAUGAUGAAUGUAUUGUACAAUGUGGUACAAUAAAGGCAUAGUAAAUCUGUAAAUUUCCCAAAAAUGCAGUUGCUGUAGAAAGCUUAUGGUGUGCCGGAAGACAAAUCGUAUACCCUGUGAAGAAGCUUUCCUGUCUGGUUAGUGUUAAGGAUUGUUACUUAUAAUAUAUAAAGGAAUGGGCCUCCCUACCAUGUAUCUGUUAGCUAGCUUCAUGAUGCCAGAGCUCAAUGCCAUAUAAACUGGUCAAGAAUUGGCCAUUAAUAUUAGGUUGGUAUGCCUGCUCCGAAAUAUGCCUUCCCAACUUUUCUACUGGUUUCUGAGCCUUAUACUGAGAAUAUUCUUGGUAACAAGCUCUUUCUCGAACUGUGCCUUAGAUCAUUGUAAUUAUGAGGCCGAGUACUUUGCUGUAGCUUGCCCCGGCAUCUGCAUCUCACAGGACGUUUGACACAAACUCAGCAUAGAGACUCAUGUUAUCUACAAGUUAUGGAUACUUUCAGAUGACUUGGGAGCAACUAUAGCAGAGUGGCUCUGGUACACUCAGCCUUGGGUAGACACAUCAGAAGGGUAUAAUAAUUAUUAUAAUAAUAUUGAUAGAAUUGUUGCCUUCAUUUUAUACAUGAUAGAGCACCCGGUCACUCGUUUAUGACCGUUAGUUUGUUUCAGCCCACCUAAAAAUUAGAUAAAGAUCAUUUAAUGAGGACUUUGACUGACAUUUCAAUAUGGAUUAUUUUGCUAUGUUUAACAGUGAAAAUUAGUCUUAUUGAAUAUGUAAACAAACAAUUGCCUGGAUAGUGCAUAAAAUUUUUUGGCAUAGUAACAAACGUUUGGGUGCUGUGGUAUCAGGAAAAAUACAAUCCAAUAGUAGCAAUAAUGUGAUUAGAUGGAUUUUUCUUGGAGAAAAUAUUUAACUAGUGUUUUGAUCGAGUCAGAGGAGCCAGGUAGAGUAUAUUAUUAAUGUGUAAAUAACCACAUGCUUUAGAUAAUAUUUUAGCAUUUAUUUACAAGUAUUACUCAAUGUAUGUAGGAAAAUCUCUGGAUAAGCAUCUCCCGCCAUAAUACACACGACUGUAUAGCUUUGACUUAAGUCCCUACCUCGAUAUCCUAGACAUACAAUUCUUAGCUGGUAAGGCAUUUAAUUAUAAAAUUUUGUUUAUAGCUUUAAUAUCAUUUUAAUGAUAAUGGGAGAAGGGACAAGCACAUUAAGCUAAUGAUAGUCUGUUACCAUUGUUACAGUACAAUAAGAAAGUUAAUUGCUUCAAAAUAUUUUAUGAAAUGAAGUACAGUUGAGAUCCCAAGCAUGAAACUUGUGAGGCUGAAGAUCAAGUCACACAACAGUGGUCGUCCUACCUACAUUACCAGUAUUCUUGACCUCUAUCCGCUGUUUUGAGAUUACUCACUUUUCCAUACUGCUUCUGAAUGCUGUUAGAGCAAUUUAUGUCAUGGGAGCAGUACUGAAACAUUCUAAACUCAAAAUUAGCAAUAGGGUCUUCUUUAAUAAUCUCGUAUACUUCCAUGCAUUGUUGUAAGACCUUGGUAAAAACAAAUAGUCACAUCCAGAGUAGCCAUGGUAGUGGGGGGGCAGGUCUUACCAUAGAGAAUUGCUGUUCACAGGCAAGUUGGCAUAAAUAAGUCUUUUUACCGAAAUAUCUGUAGCCCUCUUGAUGCAUAUCAGGUUAGAAGGAAAUAGUUUAGUACUAGAAAUUUUAUGAUGGAAUUGAAAUGCCUAUUUUCCUGUGAAUAAUUUAUUAUCUUCUCUAACAAAUAAGUCCAUAUAAUGCUUCUUUCACUUUAUACUACUCCUGUUAUUGUAUUACACUGUAUAAUUCUCUUAAUUGGUUGACCCAUCAGCCCUUGCCCUAUGUAGGAGAGCCAUGGAUGUGAAGCGGUUUACUCUGUUCAGCAACAUUCCCAUCGGACCAGCUCAGGAAGUCAUCCCUUCACUGACGCUCGCCCAAUCCUUCCCUAAUUACCACAAGUUUCCUCUUUCUCUAUUGACGAUUCACAAGCAAAUUUCUCAUUUGUGUAAUUACUGGAAGAAUCAUUAACUUUUUUGAAAAACUAAAUAGAGGUAGGCUUUUUAGACAACAGGCAAGUUGAAUAUAUUAGGUUAAGCAACCUUACUAUAUUCAGAGUAAAAGUAACACCUCAAGUGAUUUUAUAUAUACUGUAUAUUGAAAUUAGUCGUUUUCAUUUCAGAAGAUAAAUAUAAGUUAAAUUAAUUUACUGUACUUACCAUUAUUUGGCAUAUAUAUUCUGAAAUGAAAUCAGUUAAUAAAAUGUAUUUCCUUUACCAUUAUUUGGUAGCAAACUUUUUCACCGUUAUUGUAAAUGAAUAGAGAUAAGCAUUUCUUACAGGCUUGCCAUCUUGCCUGCCGUACUCACGAAAUGUGCGAGGGAAUAAAAAUGGUAGCGUCAGCCUAGUAGGUACUUCAUCCCUCAUGCCCUCUUCUUCCUGUUACAAGUACAUGAUCUAUGGUCUACUCUUAGAAACUUUUGAUUUAAUAUAGUUCAUAUUUUGAAAGAACAGACAGCACAUACUGUAUUUAAGAGGUACAAGUACCCAAGUCAUACAAUAAAGAGGUUUCAUGAAUUAGGGCACAGCGCAAGCAUACGUGCUACACAGUCUCAGGUUUCUAACAUCACUCGCUUGUGUCCAUGGUAAAUAUAAUAGAAUCAGUAAAUUACUUCAUUACCAGGAAUUUGUAUUAGUUAAUUAGAUUUUUUAUAGUAAAACUAUCACCAAUACAGAAUCCAUAGAUCAUGUAUGUAGUGUACAGGCACAUAUAUAAUUGCUUCAGUCUCUUCUUUGCUUCAUUUUGGGGCUGAAGGUGGUGCAGCAAGGAGGUAUGACCUGCAAAUCUUAAAAACAAAACGAAAAAAAAAAAAAAAGGGUAAGAUUUUCUAGUUACAUCACCUCUGCCCUUAUUUUAUAGAGGAAUGGAUCAUAUCAAGUUGUACGGUUAACCUUCCCUAUCAUCAGUUUGUGGCUUAGCUCUGUAGUGUACUCCAAACUGUUGAAUUUUUAAUUUUUUUAUUUUUGUUUUUUAAGGAAUUAUUUAUGUAGGGUUUCCUACUGUAUUUCUUGAACUGAUUAUUUGACCUUAAAAAAAUUGUUACCGUAAAAUUAGUCCUACAACACAAAUCUUGUGUAAUCCAUUUUUAGAGUUUGUAAUUAACUGGUGCAAGCACAAAUUGGGGACAGGGGUGAUUUUCUUAAGUAAGAAAGUUUAACUUUGUUAUAGUAUUUAAGAAUCUGGUUGUGUUUGUGGUAUUGUAAAUAAUACUGUACAGUUGCAAAAAAAUGCAUAGCAAUGUACCGUACUGUUUUGGUCAGAAGGUGGAAAGUUGUGUGUCCCAGUUAGGAUUGUAUAAUUCUUUACUUUGUUUUAUUGUUUUAUGACUGUGCAAGUUUCAAUCCGGAGUAAAUUUCAGUGUUACAUAUUAAUAAAGGUUUGGGUGCUAAA